AUGAAGACUACUAUUGUAUGUUCUGUUUUUUCUGCGGUAUUAAGUUUUUCCAUUUUAAUCUUGAUAACUAAUGUCGAAAGUAUAAAAUCGUCAUCUGCUGUCGUUAUUGGACAUCGAGGGGCAUCUGGUUAUCUUCCAGAACAUACAUUACCCGCUAAAGCUCUUGCUUAUGGUCAAGGUGUUGAUUAUCUUGAACAAGAUGUUGUUUUAUCAAAAGAUAAUGUACCGAUUGUUAUUCAUGAUAUUUAUUUAGAUGAAAUCAGUAAUGUUGCUAGUGAGCAUCCAACACGUAAUCGUUCUGAUGGUCGCUUCUAUGUUAUUGAUUUUACUGCUGCAGAAAUAAAAGCAUUACGUGCUAGUGAACGUUUUAGUCAUCAAACAGGAAAACCAAUAUAUCCAAAACGUUUUCCUCUUAAUCAAUCAACAUUUCAUUUAGUUACUUUAGCUGAAGAACUUGAAUUUAUUGCUGGUCUUAAUAAAGCAAAUAUUGACAAUAAUAGACACGUGGGUGUUUAUGUUGAAAUCAAACAACCCUCAUUUCAUAAAAAUGAAAAUCGAUCAAAUUUUAGUGAAAUUGUUCUUGAUAUAUUACAAGAAUAUAACUACACAAAACGUACUGAUAAAGUAUUUUUACAAUGUUUUGAUCUUGAAGAAUUACAACGAAUUCGUGUACAACUCAAAUCAGAUUUAAAACUUGUUGGUUUAUUAACAGAUGAAAAAAAUCGAAGUGCAUAUAGUAAAAGUGAUUAUACCUAUUGGAUAAGUGAUGUAGGAAUAGAAGAUAUGUCAACAUUUGUUGAUGGCAUUGGUCCACAUUAUACACAAUUAUUUGAACAAGAAAAUACAUUAGAACCAUCAAAAUUAUAUAAUGAUGCUAGAAAAAAUAAUUUAUUCAUUCAUCCAUAUACAUUUCGUAGUGAUGUAGAUCUACAACCAUUUGCAACAUUUGAUGUUAUGUUAGAAUUUUUUAUUGAUAAACUAAAAAUCGAUGGAUUAUUUACUGAUCAUCCUGAUAAAGUAAUUCAAUAUAUAGAAUCCAAACGAGAACAAAUUAAUAUAGGAACAAAACUUGAUAGUUUUCCGUUUUUUUUAAUAAUCUUAUUGCUUAUCAUGACAAUCUGA